UAAUUUCGUGAUUUAACGCAAAAGCAAGUCUGUAACUGUAAACCACUGCAACUUGUUCACCUUCCAUCCCUCUUCACUUUUUCUUCUCACACUUCCUCUGCAGCGCUAGAUGAGAGAGAGAAUUCCAACAAACUAGAGAGAGGAAAUUCCCGAGAAAGCGUAAUAAAAGAAAAUAGAAAAUUAGCAAUAAAUCAAAGCAAACAACAAAUGAACAACUGUGAGCUGUGCAAAUCGAGGGCGAGAACGUACUGCGAAUCUGAUCAGGCGAGCCUUUGCUGGGAGUGCGACGACAAGGUCCAUGCAGCCAACUUUCUAGUUGCCAGACACUCUAGAACCCUCCUCUGUCAUAUAUGCGACUCUCUAACUCCUUGGAAAGCCUCCGGUUUAAAGCUCGGUCACACCGUUUCCGUCUGCGAGACUUGCGUCAACCGUCAACAACAAUACGAAGGACAGAGCCAAGAAGAACCAACUGACGACGACGACGAUGACGACGACGACGAUGGCGAAGAGGACGAUGAGGUGGAGGACGGAGAAAAUCAGGUGGUGCCUUGGUCCGCCAUCGCAUCUACGCCGCCGCCGGCUUCCAGUUCUUCUAGUAGCGAUGAGAUUUCCGUUUGUUCGUUGAAACGGCGUCGUGAAGAGGCCUCAGAUCUUCAAUCUCAAGAUGAACAGAACGGUUCAUUUUCUCAACGGGAGUACUGUACGACCUCACCGAUGCAGGCUGCUGGUAUUGACUCAACAGAAGCGGUUCGUUCGGAAUCCGUAGCGAUUAUCGCUGAGCCGCUUAAGAGAUUACGUAAUCAGCGAAAUAAAGGGGAAUUAAGUGAGGUUGAUUCGUGGGGAUCGUGUAGCCGUCCGAUUUAAGUUAGUUUGGGAUAUUUUUCAAGUUAACUUGUUCUAACAAUAGCCUCAGAUUGAUGACCAGUUGGCGCUUAGAUUUAAUUUUGUAUUAAUGGGAGAUUUAAUUUUGAUUUCUCUUUCCAAAAUUAGAUUGUAUGGAAUAUAUAUGAUUCUGAUG